AUGAACAACAAUCCAAAUAUGUCAAAUCAAGGUAUGGGCAGCAGUAGUAAUGAUCAUCUGAAUACUCCCAACAUGAACAACUCAAACAUCAACCAACAGAUGCAAAACCGACAACAAGGUCAACAGCAAGCAGGUGGAGGUACGGGUAGACCAAUGAAUAUCAAUCCAAAUCAAUUGGCUCAGUUAGUUCAAGCAAUGAAGAAUGAAGUGGCAUUAGCAAAGAAUGCGACUAAUGAGACUGAAAGACAAGAGCACUUCCGUAGGGCAGAAGGUAUAAGGAAGAUAUUGGUGAAUUAUCUGGCACAGAAGAACCGAUUACAACAACAGCAGCAGCAACAGCAGCAACAACAACAAAGAAACCAACAACAACAACAACAGCAGCAACAGGCACUUCAACAGCAAUCACAACAACAACAACAACCGCAGAUGCAGAAUGCAUUGAAUGAUCCGCUGCAUCAAGAACAAAUUCAAGCAGUUCAAGCUCAAGCUCAAGCACUUGCUGCUGCACAAAGCAGACAAAUGCCAAACAACUCAUAUUUACAACAACAGCUGCAGCCGUCUCCUCAUAUCCCAAUGAAUAUGCAAGGUAGUAGACAAACAUCGAAUCAAUCAACACCAUUGAUGGGUCAGUCGCCCAAUCCUUCACUCAGGCAAUCUCCAUUAAUGCAACAGAAACAAGCACCAGGAAGUUCAGGGCAGCAAGGGCAACAACCAGUGAGACAAUCACCUUUGGUUCCGCGGCAGUCACCACCUAUGGGAAAUCAACAAAUUCCCCAAAAUAGAAACGUGGGUAACUUUGCUGGAGCUAGUGGAACAGGUGCAGGUGGUGGCGGUGGAGGUGGACAAUCCAUGCCAAACAUCAGUCCCAGUAAUAUUAAUAUGGAGAGAUUUAAUCAAGUUAGACAAAGAAUGACAGAGGUGCAGAGAAGGAUCCAACUUUUGGAACAGGGUAAAAAAGGGAAUGUUACUCCUGAUCAACUAAAUAUUAUUGAAAAAGAAUUGAUUGAACAUAAAAAUAAAUAUCAACAAUUUCAGAAAGUUGCAAUUUUUAUUAGAAAUCAAUUGGUGUCACAAGCAAAGAGUCAACAACAACAGCAACAAGUCGCCGGAGCGGUACCUGGGGUGGGUACAGCAUCUGCAACUUCCUCUCCACAGAUUGAACAAAGGUUCCCACCUCAAAUGCAACAAGGUCAACAGCAACAGAACCAACAGCAACAACGGCUUACCAAUCAGCAAAGGGCCCAAAUGAUGGCUGCACAAGCACAAGCACAAUCACAGGCAUCAACGCCUCUUCCAAUGAGACACACUCCCCAAAUGCCAUCGAAACCUCUAGUUCAACAACAACAACAACAACAGCAACAACAAAUGUCGCAGGCUUCUACUCCAUUUCAACAACCUCCGAUGCCCAUGCCUCCUCAACAACAACAACAGCAAGCUCAACAAUCGAUACCUCAACAAAGAAUUCCAAGCAGACAUGCGACAGCCACGCCACAAACACAACAUCAACCGCCACCACCUUCAAUAAUCCAACCUCCACAACCACAACCAACUGAACCGAUUCAAGCCAAUAAUGCACCAGCUGUUUCGGCCCCAGUUCCGACACAAAGAGGAUCCGGACCAACCACAUCCAAAACAACUCCAGCAGCAGCAGCACCUCCUUCUGCAGCAUCCUCUACCCGUCCAGUGUCGGCCGCAGGUUCAGCCACUGCCGCGCGCAAAUCAGUUUCUCCCGCCGCAUCAGAAACCAAAUCCCAACAAUCGCCACUGAAACCAAGAUCGAGAUCUGUGACAUUGCAACCCGGUGGAUUGAAUCUUCAAGGUAUAACCAAACCCAGUGUCCCCUCCAUACCAAUUUCCAGUAGUCUAGAUGUAAAACCACCGACCAUAAUAACUUUCAAUUCCAAUGCGGAUACUCGACCAUCAUUGACUGGAGGUGCGGCGAAUUCGUUGAGUAUUUUAUUGGAUACUCCUGCCAUUACAAAAUUACCCAUGUUUGAUUUGGCAAGUGGUGGUAGUCUGGCCAGUGUAUUAGAGAGUGGUGGUGGAAGGGCAUUGAAUAAACGAAAACUAGCUGAUUUGAUAAGUACGACCGGAGUGGAUGAAGGUGAUGGUAGGACAAGUAUUGAUGGAAAUGUUGAGGAAUUGUUAUUGGAUUUGGCGGAUGAGUUUAUUUAUUCGGUGACGGGGUUUGCUUGUAGGUUGGCGAAACAUAGAAAGGUGGAUAGUAUUGAGGCGAAGGAUGUACAGUUGCAUUUGGAACGGAAUUGGAAUAUAAAGAUUCCUGGAUAUGCUAUGGAUGAGAUUAGGAGUACGAGGAAGUUGCAGCCUAAUUCGAGUUAUAAUCAAAAGGUCCAGGGUGUGGAGAUAUCGAAGGCGGUGAAUGAGGAUAUACAUACUUUGUAA